AUGGAGGAGUCUGACCUGCUGAAAGAGAGGCUGCAGGCCAUCACUGAGAAACAUCGCGUCCAGGAAGACAUUAGACAGAGGAAACUGGAGCUUGAUCGAGAAAAACUCAAACUUCAGCAUCUAAAGAAAAAAGCCCUCAGAGAGCAGUGGCUGCUACAGGACGCUUCCCACAAUGCAGCAGACUCCCAACAGCAACAGACCAGAGCACUGCAGCUCAACAUCCAAAGGAUAGAAAUGGAGGUGGAGGCUCUGGAGAGAGAGGAGUACAUGAUAUCUACCAACGAGAGUUUCAUCCUCAACAGACUGAAGGCUGUGGAGAAAAGUGCAGGGGACAUUAUCAAGGAAGCCCAGGACAGCUUCGUUCCUGAGCCGUUACUGGUCACCACGCUGAUCCCUGAUGUCCCAGAAUCCCUCUCUCCACCAGCCAACAAACACUUUGAAGGAAACAUACCAAGAAAGACUCUGUUUGCCAUGGAGAUCAAUGUGACCAAAAACCUGUUGACUGGGCAGAGCACAGUACUUUCUACUGCAACACUUCCUCCUGAGGAGUUAAACCAACACGCUGGCCUCAAGGUCUUCGACGACGGCAGGAAGUGUGUUUAUGCCUUCAAUUCACAAGAGGGGUCACAUGAUCAGAGCCGUGUGUCUGAGCUCUCAGCCAACGAGGUGGAACAAUUGCUGAGAAGCGCCACAGUGCAUCGCCAAGUAAACCACCAAAACUUCCACCUUAAUCACAGCAGAAGUGAAGAGCAUUGCUUUUACAACCACCAAGAUGAGAGAGACGGAGUGGAGCGGUUUGACCCCAGAAACCAGCGAGGAUAUUCUGGUAGCCACCCCCUCAGGAACACCAUGACAGAGAAAGACUUUAACCGUGGGGAAAAUUGGCAGAGAAAACCAGGGGUAGACUAUGGCCAUGAUCACCAGGAAAGUAUUAACAGACAGCAGGAAGAGAGAAAUAACCAAAGCAACCUGAGGGAAGGUCAUCGCCUUGGAAACCACAAGAGGUUGGGACAUCAACUCGGCAACCAGAAAGAUCGUCACUACAGUUCGUACCAGCUGAGAAACUGUCACAGUGUUCAGGAAGAGCGGCCUGCUUACCACCACACGAGCAGCAUCGUCCAAAGCACUAGUGUGGUAAAUGGAGGCAGAGCCAAUGACCGCCCUCAUCCCAGAUCACAUGACCAGGAAACAGAGUCUGCCUACCGAUCGCAGCUGUGCUACACUCCAGCCAAUUAUAUUCCUCUGAGUGAUUACAUCAGUGUGGACCGAGAAGAACUUUAUGGCUACAGCCCCACCGCCGUGUACAGUGGCCCCACCAACUCUGACAGAGUGCCCUCCCCCCUCUGCGGAGACGACACCCCUUACACCAUCCUCAACGCCAUGGAGACCACCGAGCCAAUCACGGCCAUCUUCAUGGGCUUCCAGACGGCGCAGGACGACAGUGGGCAGGGUCAUGGGUUCGAGGGCUCCCUGAAGGCAGAGCUGGUCAUCAUCGAGGACAACGAAGACUUCAGCGACGACCACGGCACGAGGGAGAAGAAGCCCCACUCCCAGCUUGGGGACAAUGGUCAUCCAACGGGAAGUUCAGCCAAUGGAAACGUGGGACGUGUAGAGGGAGUUGGAGACGGAAGGGCGGAGAGACAGAUGGGACCAGGUAUCAGAAAGAUCCAGAAAAAACACAAACCCUGCUGUACUGUCUGCUGA